UGGCAACCAUAUAUUUUUCCACUGGCAGCUGUUCAGUGACAGUUCUAUCAUUUGUGUUGUGUAACGUUGGUGAUUCUUAUCAAUAUUUUUUGAAAUGUCUGCUUCAGCUGCGCGUAAUUCUCAUGGCCUCCUGAAGCGUGCUUGGAACGAGAUUCCAGACAUUGUUGGCGGGUCAGUCUUAGCACUGAUAGGAUUGGGAAUGGCAGCGGUUGGCGUUGCUGGAUAUUAUGCCAGAGACGGUGAUAACCGGCGAUAUAAGAUGGGAUAUGUUGUAAUGCGUCCCGAUGAUCCACGUGCAGAAAAAGUUCGAAAAGAUUAAGUAUUUAGGUGUCCUACUUCGUAAUGAACUCUUAAGUUAAUACAAUUUUGAAGCCAGAUUUGUAAGCGAUCAACAAUAAAUGCAUAUUCUCCGUGUACUACCAUGUAAUUCAA